CUGUGUUCUGAGGUUAUGACAGAGUUACCGGUAGAGCUGUCUCCUUCACUUCGCCCUCCAGUCGGAGAGAUAUACUGUGGUGGCGCAGCCAGAAACAAAAAUAAUAAUAAUAAUAGUAAAAAAACUUACUUUGUAGCUCCAAGCAAAGAUCAGACACAGAAUUAUCUCUACACUUCAGGAAGAAUGGCUGUUCCUCCAUCAUACGGUGAUCUGGGUAAAUCCUCAAGAGACAUUUUCAACAAAGGAUAUGGAUUUGGGGUGGUGAAGCUGGAAGUAAAGACCAAGUCUGCCAGUGGAGUGGAAUUCACAACUUCUGGCUCAUCCAACACUGACACUAGCAAAGUCAUUGGAAGUCUGGAUACUAAAUACAAGUGGUCUGAAUAUGGUCUGACCUUCACAGAGAAGUGGAACACUGAUAACACUCUGGGAACAGAAAUCACAGUUGAAGACCAGAUUGCCAAAGGCUUGAAGCUGACAUUUGAUACUACCUUCUCACCAAAUACUGGCAAAAAGAGUGGGAAAGUCAAGACUGCAUACAAGCGUGAGUUUGUCAAUCUGGGUUGUGAUGUGGACUUUGACUUUGCUGGCCCAGCUAUCCAUGGUGCUGCUGUGGUUGGUUAUGAGGGAUGGCUUGCUGGCUACCAGAUGACUUUUGACACCGCCAAGUCGAAGAUGACACAGAACAACUUCUCUGUGGGGUACAAAACUGGAGACUUCCAGCUACAUACCAAUGUUAAUGAUGGUUCUGAAUUUGGAGGCUCUAUUUACCAGAAAGUGAGCGAUAAGCUUGAAACUGCUGUCAAUCUGGCUUGGACUGCAGGCAGCAAUAGUACUCGUUUUGGCAUUGCUGCAAAGUACCAGCUGGAUUCUACUGCGUCCAUCUCCGCGAAGGUGAAUAAUUCCAGCCUAAUUGGAGUAGGAUAUACUCAAACCCUCAGGCCUGGUGUAAAACUUACUCUCUCUUCCUUGAUUGACGGGAAGAGCAUCAAUGCUGGUGGCCACAAACUGGGUUUGGGCCUGGAAUUGGAGGCAUAAAAGGCUUAACUACAAUUUAAGGAAUGAUGAAAUUGGAAGAUUUGGCCUUAAAUGCAUUUCAGAUGACCAGCAGGGGGAUUUCUGAAAGGGAUGUUUGAAGCAACAAGAAACCUGAUCCUUUAAUACAUCUAGACAGUCUAAUCUGAUUUCUGUACAGUGGGUUAUAGUUAUUAAAGAUGCCUGUAGUAGGUCAGUCAUUUUAUACAUUUUCAUGUAUUUACAAGGCGGUGCGCUGCCAUCCUAAUGAAAUACACCUUUAUCAAAAAUGGACAUUUUGUGAGUGCAUGUUUUGUUUGUUUUAACAUUUGAUAUGUUGGAUACAGAUGAACACAGAUGGUGGGGGGAAGAACAUGGUAUUUUUGUUUUACAGCAUAUUUAAUUGGUAUUCCUCUAUGUUGUGAUUUUAAAGUACUUUUAGCUAUUUAUAUUUAAAUGCUGUAAUAAUUAUACUGUUAAUUGCAUGAAUCGGAAGCUUAACUUUCUUGCAAUUUGCUGUUCCAGUAUCAGGAAUAUUGAUGGAAUUGAAGUGAAAACACUAUCUAAAACACUAAACUGAGAUGCUAUUAGAAUUGCUUUUUAAAUGUAACUAUAAUUAGAAUAUAUUUCAAGGUUGGUAAAUUGGAGGGUCUAAUUUUUUUUUUGAUUUAUUUUUGCUUUAUAGACUAUCAGUAUAGAACAUACUGAUCAAGGUGCAAAACACAAACUCAAUUAUACCAAAAAACAGAAUCUCGCAUCAAAAAUGAAUUUGAUAAACACUAAAACUGUCACUGCCCCCACCAUGUGGCUCACUGGCUAAGACAUUGCUCUCAAGAAAUCCCAGAAGUCCUCUUCUGUAUUUAACUUCUGAAUAAAGUCUUUGAACACAA